UUAUUAUUAUAAAGAUGGGUAAAAUGUGUUGUAUAAGCUUGACGUUGGCUGUAAAACUCAUUGGAACAUUUGGAUUGUCUCUGUCAAUUCUUAUGAUCAACAUGUUGGUGAGCGAUUUCUUCUCGAAGCAACACGAAGAAGAGUUCAUAAUAGCCCUAGAAUCAUGGAUGCUCUUUGGGUUAAAUUGGACUUAUGUCAUGAAAAACCUUAAAGUUGUCGAGACAGCUCGUACACUGUUGACUUGUGUUCUUAUCUACUCGGUGCUCUCUCUCGUUGCUAAUGCUCUCCUGGCCUUGAGCUCUCUUUUGAAAAAGCCAAAUUAUGUUCUAAUGUGGAUGUAUAUGCAAAUGAUUAGCAUAUUCGAUCAAACGAUCGCUUUGACGAUGCAAUUAACACGCGACGACAAGUCUGAUGGAGAAGAUAAGUCAGCUUGGUACAUUCCUGUAUGCAGUAUUUAUUUACUGAUAAGCGGUUACUUUUGGAUGGUGGUCUCGGCGGCUCGCAGAGAGUGGAUAAAGAAUAGGGAAGAUUGCGAUCAAGUCAUCGCGAUUGAUACGAUGAGAUCUCCGCAAAUCUCGGACAAUGCAAACAUGCCCAAGUCGCCGUCAUUCUUAUCAAGCAAUAUCGGUGGUAUCGCUUACGAUUUUCCCAAGUCACUGCCACCGCCAGCAUACAACGUCGUUUAAUAUCCUCGACGAUCAGCGCUACUUUUGACUAUUCCGGUCGCCCCUUUGUUUCACGAAUGGGAAAUUAGAGGAGCAAUUUUAGCGAAUGUACGAUGUAGGUCGGUGCCAGUCAAUAUAUCGAGCGAAUUCGGAACUCACUCAUCCAAGCGAGAUUCCCUCGAUCUCUCAUUCAAUACCUGAGUAUUUGAUACCAGUUGUAAAUGCGCAUAAAUCUGUUAUAUUAUUUAUUUAUUUUUAUACGAGCACAUUCAUUGUAACGCCAUUCUUUGACUUUGUAAAUAAAGACACAUUAAUAUACGUUUAAA